AUGUCGCGAAUUUCUCUGGCCAUCAACCUAUUGUGCUUCUGCACCUCCAGCUGGGGUCUCUGGCAAGCCACAAAAGUGCAAUUACCAGCGUCGCUGGCACAGGCGGGACACAAGCAAUUCUUGACGAAUUUGUCCGUCGCCGCGACGCUGUGUAACAAUAUAUGUUAUUUCAUCGCUUUCCUCCCUCCGAAAAGGAUUACGUCGCCGCGGUUACGUUACGUCGCCCGUCAGCUCACUUUGCCAGUGGCCUUGGUCCUAGAGACAGUUGUGGCUGUUAUAUACUGGCCGUUGCGGCUGUUCUUUCUGCCCUUAAUCAUGCAUGGGGUAAAAGAUGGCUCGCGCAUGCCAUUGUCCCUGAAAGUAGACUGCGCACUGCAUUUGUAUCCCGCGCUAUAUUUGGCAGCGGACUACUUUUUCGCCAGCCUAGAGCCCUUCCAAAUCACCAAGCUUGCCGCGUGGCUCAUCAUAACAGCGUUGGGAUUCGGUUACAAGCGCUAUCUCGAAAUUCUUAUCGACACCGAUGCCGGUGACGUUUAUCCAUACCCAUUUCUAGAUGUCGCUGAGCCCUAUCGUAGCGGAAUCUUCGUAAUCGUCACGGCGGCGGCAUGGUCAAUCUUCUGUGUCUACCGGAAAAUUCACCGAGGCCAUGCGAAAGUGAUAGGUAAGAAAGCAGAAUAG